AUGUCUGAUCUACUGCCCCUAGCCACUUACAACUUGAAAGUCGAGCCAUACACUCCAACUCCCGCUGUGGACGUCACCGUGCCAGUUACUGUGAGAAUCACUUUGGCUGCCGUGGACCCAGACGCUGUGGACGACGAGGAAAAGCCCUCCACUUUGAGAAUCAUCAAGAGAAACCCAGACUUCGACGACGACGAGGACGACAUUUUGGGUGGCGAUUUCAACGAGGACGAACUAGACGUGGACUCUGAAGAAGAAGAGGAAGAGCCUGAAGAAGAAGAAGAGAAACCCGCAAAGAAGGGCAAGAAGAGCAAGAAGCAAGCCAAGGAAGAGGAAAAGAAGGCUGCUGAAGAAGAAGAAGAAGAAGAAGAAGAAGAAGAAGAAGGAGAAGAGGAAGAGGAGGAGGAAGAAGAAGAUGACGACGAAUUCCAAGAAUACGUUGUCUUGACCCUAUCUCCUAAAGUCCAAUUCCAGCAGACGCUAGACUUGGUCAUUGCCCCAGAAGAAGAGGUGCAAUUUGUGCUGACCGGCUCCUACCCAAUUCACUUGACUGGUAACUACGUCAAGCACCCAUUCGACCAGCCUCAAUACGGCGACGGCGAGGACGACUCUGAGGAGGACUCCGAAGAGUACGACAGCGACGAGUACGACUUGACUCCCGACGAGGACGAGAUCCUAGACGAUUUGGAAGACGUCAGCGACGUCGAGGGCCGCAUCGAAGAGAUUCUACAGCAGGAACAAGAGCAAAAGACCAUGAACAAGGCCUCCAACAACAAAAGAAAGCAGCAGGACGAGGAAGAAGAAACCGCUGCUGCGGAAGCUCUCAAGGAAACCAAAAAGGCCAAGAAAGCUGAGCCAGCCGCCGUGGAAGCCCCUAAGGAAACCAAGAAGGUGAAGAAGGACGAGGCUGCCAACAAUAAGAAGGACAAGAAGGAAAAGAAGGUGGAGUUCAAGAAAGACUUGGAAGAAGGCCCCUCCAAGAAAGCUGCCAAGGAAGAAAAGCCAAAAACCAAGGCCCUAGAAGGUGGUGUCAUUAUCGAGGAUCGCGUUGUCGGUAAGGGUAAGGUCGCCAAAAAGGGCUCUAAGGUCGGCAUGAGAUACAUCGGUAAGUUGAAGAACGGCAAGGUCUUUGACAAGAACACCAGCGGAAAGCCAUUCAACUUCAACCUAGGGCGCGGUGAAGUCAUCAAGGGCUGGGACAUUGGUGUUGCUGGCAUGGCCGUCGGUGGUGAACGUAGAAUCAUCAUUCCUGCCCCAUACGCGUACGGCAAGCAGGCCCUGCCCGGUCUACCAGCCAACUCCGAAUUGACAUUCGACGUCAAGUUGGUUUCCAUGAAAUAG